AAUGAAAGAAAAAUAAAUAUAAACACCAUUAUCAACAUAGUCAUAUUGGAGAAACAAAUCCAAAAAAAUAAAAUAAUAAGAUCUAGUUUCAUAAUAAGGCUCCAAUCCCCUGUUCCUCCUCCCACCAUCUCUUACCGUGUUCCCUCCCUCCUUCUUCACCAUUUCCAACCACUUCAAUUUCAUUCCUCUUCAACAUUUCCACUGUCACUCCAAUUUUUCCAGAUCUGAUUAUCGAUUCUCUUCGCUUGCAUCAGAUUCCUGAAAUUCGAUCAUUUUGAUAAUUUUUAUUCAAUUUUGAUAAUUUUUAUUAUUAUUAUUAUUGAGAAUUUUGGUUGAUCUGAAUUGUUGUUGUUAGAGUGAAAUUGAAACGGUAUGCAUCCUCGGCAGCGUAGUCCGAGAGGCUUUUAUGCAUCGGAAUAUCGCAAUCGCGGCGGCGGUGUCGCCGGUGGUGGUGGUGGCGGGGAUGGUUUUGGGAGAGGUUAUAAUAAUCGCAGAGGUUCUGUUUCUGCGGUUAACGUUUCUGCUGUGAAUAUUUCUGCUGCCACCGUCUCCGGCGGUGGUGGUGGUGGUGGUGAUGUUUUUGUGGAAGCAGGUAGAUUAGCUGCUGAGUAUUUAGUUUUUCAGGGAUUGUUGCCGCCGAGUGUGUUGUCUUUGAAGGUUUAUAAUCAGAAUGGUAGUUUUAAGAAGCAUGUUGGUGUUAGUGGUAUUGGUGUUGGUGGUAUUGGUGUUGGUGUUGGUGUGGGGGAAAAUUUGGUGGAUGGAGGGAGGUCUUCGGCGCUGGCUCGAUUGGGGAAUAAUGCGGUUGUUGCGGGUGUGGAUGGAGGGUUUACGGGGAGGGGGAAAUUAGGGAUUGAGGAGUUUGGACAAAAAGGUAGGAGGAGAGGGAGUUUUAAGAGUAAUGGGUUUGAUUUGGGGAAUAGAGAGUAUAGAAGGAAUGGAUCAUGGUCUGGUAGAUUUGUAGGUGGUUCGGAUAUUCGUGAUGAUGAUAAUGAUGAUGAUGUUGUUGAUGGUAUUGGUAUUGGUAUUGGUAGUGGUAGUGGUAGUGGUAGUGGUGUUAGACAGCAAGAUGAAGAGGAGCCUCGGAUACAACAGGUUGAGGCUGAGGUUGUUGUUGGUGGUGGUGUUGACGGUGGCAGUGGUGGUGAUGUUGAUACUCUGAUGGAGAAAUCAAAUUUGAGUGAAUUUGUGCCUACAAGUGAGGAUGGGAAUGACUUGGAAGGCGAGGCCAAUAAGAAUCAGGUGUCUGUGUCUGAUGGUGAAUUGUUGGAAUUGAAACAAGAUUCUUCUGGUGAAGGAAAAGAUGCGGGUGAUAUGGAUGUUGAGUUUGUUGGGAGUUCUAAUGAUUUGGAGAAUAUGAGUAUUGAUAAAGUUAAGGAGGUGGUGAAGGAUGGAGCUGGUAGUAGUGGUGAGGAUGGUGAUAAACCAAGUAUCUCGAAGAAUUCGUCUGCUCAAUCAAGUGAUCAGGAGAAUGAUAGCUCUGGCGAGGUUUUCACUGAUUUACUUUCACUAUGCAAGUCUGUUAAAGUGCCUACCAAGACACGAUCUUCGCUGACGAAUAAGAAUUUGAAAGCAUUUCCGGUUGCGAACAAUGCAGAAGAGAAUGUUGAUGAAAUUAUGGAUGUUCAAGAACCUGUAGUCUUAGCUGAAAAUGAGUCUAUUAUAGACUCCUCCUCGGGUAAUUUGCUAUCUGACAAGACUUAUGAUAUAGUGCAUAUUGACUCGGACGCUGGCGAAGAGCCUGUGCAUUCUGUUGAGGAUAUGAAAGAAUUGGAUACUGCCUGUGAAGCUGAGGAAGAUCAAUCUGUUGGAUCACAAUCUGAUAAAGACCAAGAGUUUACUGCUGAAUUACCAGAGUUUGAAGGCUGCGGUUCCAUGUCUGAGGAAAGGGGUGAGAAACGUGUUGUAGAAGAAGAUGUUGAUGUCAGGGAAGACACCAAAAGACUCAGAGAGUGGCAGCCCUUGCCCUCCCCUAUACCGAAGACCGAGGGGUACUUUCUGCAUAACACCCCAAUUGAGGUCAAAGAUAGCCCAGAAGAACAUGUAAUUUCAGUUUCACAUGUUGACAAAAUGAGUUUGACGUCUGAUCAAGGGAACCUUAUGAGCGGUUCUCAGUUCCCGGAUGAGGGAGAUAGACCAUUUUUCCAAUGUUCAGAGGCGAAGCCACCAUUGCCAAAUUCGUUUAGAACUUGUGAUCUGAAUCUCAUGGAGACAUCUGAAGUUCAUGACAAUCACAUUGAUCAUCCGGUUCUUAUUUACUCUCCUACUGUUUCUGACACAAAGGAGAAUGUACCAGUUGAUAAUGAUCUGUCCAUGAGUCAUGCUAGUGUAUCAGGCAAAUUCAAUACUCAUGGAGCAAAUGGCAAAGAGAUUGAAGUAAUUGAUCUAGAAAAUGAUUCCAUUCAAGAAGAAAAGGCAAUAGACAGUAUUGAUAGAAAGACAGACACUUUGUUUACAGGCCUUGAUGGUUUUUCCAGCCAUGCUCAAAAUGCUGCUGAUAUAAAUGAUGUUCAGGAUGGAUAUGGGCUGAUGAUAUCAGAGUUGCUUGGGACAGAUUUCGCAAACUGCUCUUCUGUAGCCGACGACAUAAAUGCAGUGCACAAUGAAAUAGGCCUUGAUAAUGGAACGGGGACACUUGCCGAGGAUGAUUCCAUAUACAUGUCGCUGGGAGAAUUAAGCUUUUUGCGCCCAUGGGAGCAGCCACCACCACAGGAUUAUCAAAAGUUCUGAUCCAUUCUCGAUCAAAUCCUCUCGGGAGACAUUAUGCAGCGGUAUGUGUCAUAGUUGUACAACUCAACAUGGUCCUCUGUCGAAAGGUUACUAGGUUUCAAGAAAAGUGAAAAAGGCUGCUUUGGAUGUUUUUUCUCUCCAAUUUUAUAAACUGUCUCCUGUUUGGAAUUACAUAAGCUAAUAUCCUGUAAUCUCUUUCUAAUGCCUCUGCAUCACAACAUGGCAUUUAGAUUGUAUUAAGAUUUAGAGAUGCAAAAUUGUAAAAUAGCGCGGUGUAACUUUACUUAUUUAUCGGCCAUCUGUAGGAAUAUUUGAUAAAAUGGCUUUAAAUCGACGUUUUAGUUGAGAUAUCGAGCCCAUUAUAGUUAUGUAAUGUGUGCAUGUAAGUUUUAAUUGAGAAUCCAAUUCUAUAAUUUAUAUGGUUA